UUUAGCACUGCGCUUAAUGAAGAUGAUGCUGAGUCCGGAUCAGAGCGAUUCUGACCUUAUGUGGACUCAGUCAGACCCGGAAACGGUCCUGAACGUCAUUAAAGUGGAGUGUAUGCCUGAAGAGUCUCCGCUAGCAGACGGGAAGCAGCGCGCGGUCGCGCCUCCCGCACUGACCCGUGAGGAAAAGCGGCGGAGGAGGCGCGCGACCGCCAAGUACCGACUGGCCCAUGCCACGCGCGAGCGCAUCCGUGUCGAGGCUUUCAACGUGGCGUUUGCCGAGCUGCGAAAGUUACUCCCUACUCUUCCCCCCGACAAAAAGCUCUCAAAGAUAGAGAUCCUUCGCUUGGCUAUAUGUUACAUAUCUUACUUGAAUCACGUCUUGGACGUGUGAACGAACUGGAGAACAUUAAACAUUAAAAUCAUUUUAAAUCUGUAAGACUAUUGUGAGGGCAGGAAUAAGAUCUAGGCUGUUCAUAAGGAUGUUGUUAUCGUGUACCACCUGUUAGAUGUAGACUACAGUGCGAGGUACCCAGAGGUUGAAGAUGGGUGAAAGAUCUUGUGUGAAAGAUAUUUGUGUGAAAUGGACUACAGAUAAAUAGCUGUGUAUUUUUUUUAAUACCCUCAGAUGAAUUUGGGUUUAGCAUCAAGACAUUUUCACACAGUUUAGAGCAGUGCUGGAAUCAUCCUGCUAAAAAUAAUUAUUUUAAAAAUGUUAUUUAUUUUAUGUUUGUGCUGUAAACAAACUUGUACAUUUUAUGUGGUUGUCUUAUAAAUUUGGAUAAUUUAUUUUAAUUUAUUGUUUGAUAGUGCUCUUACACUAGGCCAAUGGCGUUGAAUAAAUGUACAGUUAUUUAUAUUGUAAAGUUAUUGUGUUUAAGGUUUUGUUGUUGCGUUAAGCUUGCACAUUUGUUGAGUUAACGCUACGUUAGGUCCUUGAUAUCAGUGAAGCAAGUGAUUACAUGGAACUGAUAUCUACAUGGCAACAAGAUGCACUUCCUCUUUUUACAAACUGCGUACGGAUACAAGAUCAUUUCUUUCUAGAACUCAGUGUAAUCUAGCCUAAGAAGAGUCGCUUUGAGGAUUAAGCAACCUACUGUUUAGACAAAAUAAUUGAUUUCGAUAAUCAAUAAUGGGCAAUACAACAGACUGCAAUAUUAUCUAAUACGGCAAGACUAUGUAAAUUCAAAAAGAUGCAUUCUCUGCAGCAGGCAAGAGAUAAAGCUAAUUAUUUAUUUUCUUUUACAGACAAGCUAUUUUCUAUAUUUUAUUUAUUUACAUUUUCAUUGUGGAGCUUAGAUUUUAUGGUAUAAAAUGUUUCUUAUCUGCUUUUUAUCCAAAGAUGCCCAAUUCAGGGCCUUAAGUGUCAUUUUGUAUAAAAAUGUUGAAUUUCAUGUCUUGAUGGAGAAAAGGAUAAUUAAAAUGAAACAAAAUGAUCCAUUGUGUGUGUACAGUAUAUAUAGAUGAAGCAAAGAUAUCUAGCAUAAUUUUACCUUGCAUUAAAAACAUUAGUCAGUGUUUCAUGUGAUGAUAUUUAUUGAAUAUUUUAACUUUUGUUUCUGUAAUAUUUAGAGAACUCCUCAAUAGAUGGUUGUCAAAAUUCUAUGCACAGCAAAAAUCCUCAGUGUACAGACUUUAAAUGUCAAUUCAGCCCAUAUAGCAUAUAUUUUAAAAAAGGAUGCAUAUACUGUAUAAUAUACAUUCUUAAAG